CUGCUUUUUCAGUUUUUAUAUAAGCUCCUCUUCUUGUUUUUUUUUUAUUCAUUUGUUGAGCUUUAUUGCCCAGUUCAGAAAGAAAAAAAAAAGCAUAAAUAUGUCAGGAGCUGAUUCCUUACAAGUAAAUAUUCCAGACAUGGAUUAUUCCAAAAGCAAUAGUCCAUCGUCUCCGGGGUCAUUGUCCCCUUCAGCCUUUGAUGCGCCUAUGGACGAGUUCAUGUCGGCCUACGCUCCGGAAGAGUCCGGUUCCGUCAAACGAUCCUCUUCCAAGAAAAGUGUUCGAACCUUUAUUAGCAAACUUUACAGCAUGAUCGAAAGUGGCCGUCACCAGCAUUUGAUCGCUUGGAAUCCUACCGGCACCUCAUUUUUCGUGUUCAACGCGACCCAGUUUGCGCAAGAAGUGCUUCCUGAGCAUUUCAAACAUAGCAACUUUUCCAGUUUCGUGCGUCUGCUAAACAUGUAUGGUUUUCACAAGAUCAACAAAUCGCCGCGCGGUCAGCGAGGAAUCAAUGAAAACGAAAUAUGGGAAUUUUCCCAUCCCAAGUUUCAGCGUGGCCGACCGGAUCUACUCAAAGAUAUCAAACGAAAAGCAAUGGAUUCCGAGUUGCUGCGAAGAGAAACCGGCGAUAUCCAUGCAUCGUUUGCCAUGUUACAAAUGUCUCAAGCCGACCUACUACAGCAAUUCUAUACGUUACAGGACAAUUUCGUCAAUCUACUCAAAGGAUUCGAAGAGACAAAGAAGGUUCAGCAACAACAACAAAUGAUUUUGCGCCAAUUAGCAGCUCAGCAAGGAGGUCUGCAAGGCGAUGAAAGUCUGCUUAACAACAUGCCCGAGCCCAAAUGGGACACCACUACAAUGAAUUCAGGCAGUCCUUUGAAGGUGCUGGUGACUUCACCAACCUCGGCUGCCCCCACGAGUGAGGCACCGACUUAUCAACAGAUGCCAUACGUCAAUCAGUGUUGGGAAAAUUCACCGUCCAACGUCCAAUACAACUCGACCUCGUCAGCGAGUCCCGCUCUGUCGGCGACUUCACCAAUGUCACCCAGUUUUUCGCUGGACAUGGCUAUGAACACUCCGUUACCGCCGAGCCCAUUGGCCUCUCCUGGUUUAAGCGACCACCCCGAGUCUCCCUUUCACAUGAAAUAUGACGACAUGAAUACCCUCGGCCUAGGCUACUCUUCCUAAACAACCUUUAGCCGAAAAAGCAGCCUUCCAAAAACAAAAACAAGCAAAAAUCACCGCUGGUGCCUUUUUUUUUUAUAGAAUGUAAAUAUUUUUUAUUUUAAAAACAACUUUUAUAUUUUACUGUACCCCAUCGUUUCCUUACAUUGCCUUUUUUACACUCCAGCUUGAUUCUCUUUUUGAAUGACAAACCUCUUUAAUCAUCGGUGUUUAAAUUUGGUUUUUUAUUUAGACUGCACCAUUCACAAUAAAAAAAAUAAGUAGCACAAUUGACAAAUAAAGUUAU